GCAGUAUCCACGCGCGCCGAGUCCCGGUUUCGCGCGUUGGGACCGGCGGGGGCUUUGAAUUUGCUGCUCAGGGACAAUACACCGGUACGGGGGAGAAGGGAUGCCGCUGAAUCCGGGAUGCUGAGCGCCAGUAAAUUUACCGACCAAUCAGAAAUAGCAAGUUCAAAUUGAACGCCAGCCAAAAUAAAACGAUUUCCAGGCAUUAUUUUGAUAAAGGAUUGUCUCGGAUGAUGAAUACUCCUGCGAGUGCUCUUCGAGCAAAAACCUGGCUCUCAUCUACCUGGCAUGUUAAAGUGCCUGACCAGUGGUUAGAAGCUUGUAUUAGUUGGAUCCAAGAAGAAAAUCACGGUAGCUCUUUGUCACAGGCAGAAAUAAAUAAGCAGGUUUUUGAGCAAUGGCUCCUAACAGAUUUGCGGGAUUUACAGUGUCCUAUCUUGCCAGCUGGUAUAGUACAAUCUCUGAAAUGUGAACUAAAUGGCUAUUAUGCUAUACAGAUAGAUUCACUGGUUGAUGUCAGCUUGCCUGCCUAUUCCCAGCUUCAGAAACUAAGGGGGAGAGAGAAUACCAAUGAGCACGUUACGGCCACUACACAGGCCUCCCAGAAGCCAUGGGAAGCUAAACCAACCCGAAUGCUUAUGCUGCAACUUACUGAUGGAACACAACAGAUUCAGGGAAUGGAAUACCAACCUGUACCAACCCUUAAUGCCUAUCUAUCACCAGGUACAAAAAUCUUGUUACAAGGUACCAUUGUUUGUCGUCUGGGCGUCCUCCUCCUGAAGUCAGAAAAUGUGAAAGUUUUAGGCGGAGAAGUAGAAGCCCUUAUUGCAGAGUAUACACAAGAUAAAGUUCUUUCAAGAUUAAUUGGGGCAGAGGAUAACCCUUUGCCCGAGAGCUCAAAUGCUCAAGAGCAACGUCUAAGGGGUAUAGAUGAAGUAGGGCAAAACUUGGGACCAUCAGAUGAAGAUUUGUUAGCAAGUCUCGAUGACAAUGUAGAAUUCACAAUUAAUAAUGGAUCGAUUCCAGAAAGUGGGUACAUCAGUAGAAGUGAAGUAUCAAGUAUUUCAUAUCUUGAAUCCCAGCAAGUGCAACAUUCGCAUGCCAGACAAGCAAGUUUUCCACAGUCAAACCAAACCGUACAAGCGAGCGCACGAGAUGAUUUGGCGGAAGAAUAUGAUUUAGAUGAUGAUUUGUUUUUAGAGGAGGAAAUUCAGCGGGAGUUAGAAGAGAUGUCCAUGGACCAGCCUCCGAGGGGAAAUCAGAACUUGCCUAUAGAAAGACCCCCACAGGAAACUGCUGCCUCCCAAAUCCAGCCUAAAAAGAUCACCUUAGAUGACCGUUUAUAUAAUCCCCCAUUCACGUAUUUGUCGCUUAUGUUGGCUAGCAAAAGCCGGGACAAAAAAAUUGUGAAACUCAAGUCAUUUAUUGUAACCCUAAAUGGAAAUCUAAGCAUGAGCUCUGGCAAUUGGAGUAUAAAGGCUAAAAUAUCAGAUGGAACCGCUUACCUGGAUGUGAAUUUUAGUGACGGUGUCCUUACAAAAUUGAUUGGAUUUUCAGUCCCCGAAAUGAAAAAGCUAAAAAAGGAUUCCACCCAGCAACAGAAAAUAAUGGCAGGCCUUCAGAAAUGCCAAAUGGAACUGACAGAUUUUUGUGGCAUUAUGACCAUUUCUUAUGACCCUACGAACUCUGAAGCCAGCGUGCUGGCUCUACAAGAUGUCACAGAAGAUGUGUUGCGGUCUUUGAAGCGAAGGUUAAAUAUGUAGUAAAUUGUUGACACAGAAUGCACUUAAUAUUUGUGAAAACGUAACUCUUUAGAAGUCAAACAAUUAUCUCAUUUACACAUGUUUUUUAAAUGCACGUCAGACAUCUUUCUUUGUUAAUGCUGUUACAGAAAACAUGAUGCAUAGUGAUAUGAUCGACUGAGUAGAAAAUGCAUCUCAACAGAGUCUCUGCUUAAAACGGCAAUUUGCCACAGGCGGUCACAUGCUACUUUCUGUGUCAACGUUACAAUUGUUGAGCAUGUCAUGGUUUAAUACAGCUUAAUGUUAGCUUGACAGUUAUUUCAAAUUGACAACUGCUGCAUUUUGAUAACUUAGUUCAUGAGGAGUCUGGAUAACUUUCACUUUAAUAUUUAAAUAAACUGAACUAAAUUGAA